GGAUGAUAAACUUAUUUCCUGGAACUACUGUUAAUUAAGACUAGUGUAUUCAUAGAUCUUGUGUGUAUGAACCGAGGUACAGAAGUUUCUUUAGCUAGUCUGUAAGAAGUUGUCAUCCCAAACAAAAAUUAAUGUCCACCGUUACAGUCUAUCUUUUGCUCUCACUGUCUGUGCUGUGCACUAUCAAACAAGGUCAGAGCUGUCUUGAUGGGUUUCCUUCAGUUACCAACAACACCUGUACAUCAUCAUCAUCAUGCCCUUUCCAGGGGUCAAUUAACUCCAGGCAACUACGACUCUUCCCUUCCAUGAGGAUUACUUGUAAUGGAAUGCUAGUGGGAUUGUCUGUAGCAGGAGAGACUCGAAAGAAAGGAAAUAGAAAUUACCCUAUUCUACAGAUUUGGAGACCCACUAGCUCCACGUCCAAUGACUAUAUCAGUGAAUACCCAUUCCCAAUUGGAUGCACUCAACUAGAUCUACCUAACAAUGUCUGGCAGUGUACCAUCAGUCCAUCCAUCAACGUUGAGAUGGGAGAUAUCAUUGGGAUCAAUCUCCCUCGAAAUCGUGAUAGGAACUCAGCAUUCGGAAUUUACUUCACGUCCCAAACAUCUUUUACCAGCUACAUACUAUGCAGUACAUCAGCCACAACAUUCUCAGUACUACCUGGAUCUACUAGUGCCAGUGCUCAACCUGUGCUUACUCUGGACAUUCGUGAACAAAGUAUUAUAGAUUUGACGGUGUUCCAUACAGUCACUGAGACUACUACUACUACUACUGAGCCGACAAGAGAGAUUGCUGGACUGUUAGUUGGUGGUGUGGUUGGUGUGCUACUGUUGGUGCUAAUUGUUGUAAUUGUUGUCAUAUUUUUAUUGUGGAACCGAAAGAGAAGUAGAUAUAACAUGAACAAGGCAAGUUGUCGUGGUACCCAUAUUGAGAACAUGGCAUAUGAUGAUGUCUGCAUAAACACUGAGUCUGGUUCUGUUGUUCCACCAAUGGAUGAUAUCAACUACCAUAUUGGCGUGGAGAGUUGUGGUGACUAUGACGAGAUAAAUGAUAAUCAACCCAUGGGGGAUUAUGAAACAACAAUUAAUCCAAAUGAUUAUUGCUCCACUCCUCCUGUACCACCCCUCUUUGAACAUGACAUCCCCAUCGCAACUAUGGAAUACAAAAUCCCAGUGUCUACUCUGGGAAAGGGGGUCAGCCCUCACCCACUGCAGGGGAUCCUCCCCCCUGGAGAGUGGGGGUUGGUGGUCCCAUCACAAGAGCAGAGGAGCAAGGCCUCGACUCAGAAUGGUGUCUCUGGGAAAGAGCUCUAUGCUGCCAUCAAAACUUCCCAGUACAGCUAUGCGGGACCAGCUCCCAAGUUCUUUGAGGAGUGUGAGACGUACUGGGCACCGUCCUCAAUGGCUAACGAACUCUACGAGCAGCUGGCAGCAAGGAAGUAUCGGGAGAUACUCAGAGAACAAAUACAGAUAACCGAGUUUCUAGGAAGUGGAGCGUUUGGUACAGUCAACAAGGGUGUGUGGCAGAGCCCGGGGGGAGCUAUAGAGGUGGCCAUCAAGAUCAACCAGAGCAAAGAUGAGGAAGACAAAGUCAAGUUCCUCCAGGAGGCGGCCAUCAUGGGUCAGUUCAGACAUCCCAACGUGGUCAAGCUGUACGGAGUGGUUACUGUGGGGGAACCAGUGAUGAUUGUUUUGGAUUUGCUGUCAAAUGGAGACUUGCGAAACUUUCUCAUAAAGAUGCAACCAGACAGAUCAGGAGAGAUGGUUCCUUCAAACACUCCUAAACUAUUGUUGAAGUUCUGCCAGCAAAUCUCGAGUGGAAUGGACUAUCUAGCCAGGAAAGCGUUUGUGCACAGAGAUCUCGCAGCCAGGAACAUACUGGUGUCAGAGGACAAAGUGUGCAAGAUAAGUGAUUUUGGUAUGUCACGUGAUCUGAUGGACGAGAGUUACUAUGUGUCCCAAGGAGGUAAGAUACCUGUCAAGUGGACAGCCCCAGAGGCUCUCAAUUUCAAAAAGUAUUCAGUGGCCAGUGAUGUGUGGAGCUUUGGUUGUGUCAUGUACGAGAUAUGGAGUCUGGGGCACAAACCAUUUGAAGAUUCUUCAAACGUGGAGACGAUCAAGAUGGUAGACAAAGGAGUUCGAUUGCCACCUCCACCUGGGUGCCCUCGAGAGCUGUACAAGCUCAUGAUUGAGUGCUGGCAUUCUGAGACGUCAAGACGUCCCUCGUUCCACCAGCUGGUGGAGAUGCUCUCACAGGCGGACUUUGAACUGCUACUCUGGAAUAAGACUGACAGUGGAGUGGGGCCGCAGGUGACGGUGGUGGGGGCGUCAUUGGAGGCAGCAAAGAACUUGUACACUGACUUGCAGAAUGCAUAUAUGAAGCAACCAAACAAUUGAAUACAAUUAUUUCUGCUCAUCAUGCGUGUACAAUACCCUCUACACUUAAUUUUUUG